GACUGGUUUUUUGUUUAAUAGUAGGCAUAUUGUGUGCACAAGUAUUUGCUGAGGACGUUACUUCGUUAAAAGAUGACAUUUCUGCUCUACAAAGCGCUAUGGGCCACGUUCUCGAACGUCUGGACGACAGAGACACCCAGAUUAACUCCCUUAAAGAUGACGUGGAACGUCUAACAUUGCUUCUCGCCGACCAAGAUGCAACAAUAAGUGAACAAAACUCUCGGAUUCAACAUCUCGAGGAAAUAGUUCGCAGUAAAAGCGACAAGAAUCAAAAUAACUCAGACGAGACUUCUGGACAGGAGCACGCGCAAUCUUCAGGACCAUCCGGCACGUCAGCUUCUGUCCGCAAGGCAACGUAUGACAACGCUUACAACAGGAUGCGCCGAGAGUACGUGGGAAGCCCCGUAGCUUUCCUAGCCACAUUAACGAAUCACAUCACGCAUGCUGGAGCACUUCAGCCAAUCGCCUUCAACCGAGUCGUUACGAACGUAGGCGGUGCUUACAACGUACAUCUAGGAUCGUUCGUCGCGCCUGUCUCCGGUAUCUACGUGUUUUCCACCACCUUACUAAGCUACCCAGGUUAAACGGCACACUUCCGAUUUGUCAAGAACAAUGACUUUGUCAGUCACCUGUAUCUGCACACUUCGUCAGGUCAAUACGAAACAAUAUCGCAGACAAUAGUUCUCCAGCUCAACAAAGGCGAUGAUGUCACGAUCAGAAACGAAGACCCAGACGAAGCAAUACAUGGCGACAACUACAGUACCUUCGCUGGCUUUCUCAUCUGGGAGACAGAAAACAUCCCGGCAAUCGUCGGGUAAUGACUGUGCUAUCAGUUAUUCGAAUAAAUAAGAACUUGUAUGCAU